UUGAAGCUACAUGGUCGUUUAUGGAUCAAAGUUGUGAGAAUUUGAAACGCAAACGAAACAGGUUUUCACUCUCAUUACGAGGGGGGGAGAUAUGGAAAAUCUCUGGGAAGAAGUGAGAGAAUUGAGCUUGGGGAACUCCACUCAAGUGGAGCGUUUGGACACACCUCCAACGCCACUCCAAUUCCUCCGAAACUUCGUCUCCCCAAACAAGCCCUGCAUCAUCUCCGCCGCCACCCUACACUGGCCCGCCAUCACCGCCUGGUCCUCUGACUCCUACCUCCUCCGCUCCCUCUCCUCCGCCACCGUCUCCCUCCACCUCUCCCCCACCGGCGCCGCCGACUCCCUCGCCCUUCACCCCUCCUCCUCCCUCUGCUUCGCCUCCGCUCACGUCCAACCCAUGCCCUUCCCUCUCGCUCUCCGCGCUAUCUACAAUUCCAAUCCAGACUCCAAAUUCGUCGCCUAUGCACAGCAACAGAACGAUUGUUUUCGAUCGGAGUACUCAUCGCUUGCCGGAGAUUGCGAUUCGCACAUUCCGUGGGCCACCGAAGCCCUGGGUUGUCUUCCUGAGGCCGUGAACCUCUGGAUUGGAAACCAUCACUCGGAGACCUCAUUCCACAAGGACCAUUACGAGAAUCUCUACGCCGUUGUGACCGGCGAGAAAAAUUUUCUUCUUCUUCCUCCCACGGAUGUUCAUCGCAUGUACAUUCGUGAGUACCCUGCAGCUCAUUACUGCUACUCCCAGGAUACUGGAGAGUUUACGUUGGAACUUGAAGAUCCUGUAAGAUACGUGCCUUGGUGCAGUGUGAAUCCUUACCCUUCACCAGAGACCAGAGAUAGAGAAAUGUCUGAAUUCCCAUUGUAUUUCAAGGGACCAAAGCCUUUCGAGUGUACGGUUAAGGCUGGGGAGAUUCUUUACUUACCGAGUAUGUGGUUCCAUCAUGUUAGACAGAGUCCAGACAGCAGGGGACGCACUAUUGCAAUAAAUUAUUGGUACGAUAUGCAGUUUGAUAUUAAGUAUGCUUACUUCAACUUCUUGCAAUCAAUCCAUUACUCAUCAUCCCAAGAUCUGACUGCGGGCAGAAUGAAAUGUGUGGAAUUGUGUUCAUCUGCUUGCAAUUCUGGAGAUGAAUCAGAUAAUAAUGCAUCUGAAGAGAAUGGAAAUCCCACAGCAUGCCAUAUUGACAAUGGAAAGGAAUGAGAACUGAUUUAUCAGCCUGAAUGACUUGACAUUGAUUUGAGGGCCUCUUUGGUGAUGGGGAGCAAUGGAUUUUGGAAGGAGAAAACACCAAGCAGCUCCUAUAUUUGCAUGAUCAGGUUUUUAACAGAACAAUCAGACAAAAAUUGUCUGCUGCCCUUCGUUAUAAUGUUUUUGCAGGUUAAGCCAAUCGGGAAUCGUAAUUUCCCUUUAUGCAGGUGCUGUUGUGAAACAACCAACCUAAAAUGGGUUCUGGUCUGCCUCUGGCGUAUUUUGAUCCCAUGUCUCUUUUGCUGGCUAAUCAGUGAUGCGUUGAAGAAAAAAGGUUAAAGUGGAAAAAUUAAGACUUCAUACAAAAUUUUUUGUUUCCUUCUUGACAUGUAUUCUAGAAUUGCCUAUAUCUUAGUCUAUGGAGCAACUAUUGGGUUAAAAAUAUGGCCCCAAAAAAAAAAAAACAUAGAAACCACAAAGGGAGAGAUUAGAAAAGCCAUGUUUGGAGCAUGUAUUUUUGCGAAAUGAAAGACAGUUAAUAUAAUUUGUUGUUGCUAAUUUGUCA